CAGUGUUGCAUAGCACUGGUCCACCCCUGACCCCCGUCCUCAUCCCAUAAAUUCUAAAAAAAACUUGUACUGAAGAAUCACGGGGAAAUAUCUCUCGCGCCACGGGGGCCGGGGAAGCGCUCAGCAUGCAGCUGGCAGGGGUGAUGCUGGCUUCGGUCUCGCGGUGCCGCUCGUGGUCCUCGUGAAACAGACUGGCUCUUGGGGGCUGUCAGGCGUAUAACUCAUUCCUGCUGAGAGCCACAUCUCCCGUCUCUAGUGUUUCGCCUGUACAUUUAGCCGAGAUCGAAUGGCUGUUCGCUUCUGGCGAGUGGUGGAACCUGAGGCAAACGCCGCAGUGUAAAGCAGUACGAAAGUGGUGUCAAAAACACGAUAAAGUUCGCCAAGAAUUCAGUGUGUCAUUAAGAAGUGAAGAUGCAGUAUACAGUCCACGAGGCAUUAUCCUAACCUGUGAAUCCAAACUUCUGAAAGCUGAAAGAGUAUAUGUACAUAUUUUUCCCUCCUUGUUCUCGUUAAUACGGAUAUACCCCAUCGACCAAUUCCUUCAUAUUUAGGAUGUUGCAUCAUAGCUCUCCCACGCGCGUCAGUGUCGGCAGCACACACGCCGCAAGAGAUAUGGCGUGGAAAUAGCACUGAUCGUUAACCAUGGCAACGAUAACCUAUCACAAGCAUCGCGCUGAGCAUGGCAAUGGGGCCGCGGAAGAAAGCGGACUUCUUCAACAGAGGUCGAGGAUACGAAUUCGAGAGUGAUGCUGACGAGCCCGCAGAAGGGUUCUCCAGCCAUGAGCCUCUCCUGGAGGCGCCGGGCUAUGACCCCGACCCGGCCCACAGCCUGGAGGGCGGUCUGUACCACGACUCCACGAGCUACGCAGGAGACUUCGGUCCGUACCAGCCGCAGAAGCACGCGACCUACGAAGUGUCUCAACCAGGCCUUGAUCCCGAGGCGCCCUACCAGUACUCGACCCCCCAGUACCCGGGGCCCUCAGGCUACUCGCUGCAGAGUCAGGGCGAAGGGUCUCACGCUGCCGCGGGGGGAUCCCUGGACUCGGCGGGCGGGGCGCAGGCUUGGGGCGCGUCCGGAGAGCAGGAGGGGGAGAAGAAAAAAGGGAAGCGAGCGCAGACUUGCCGUCUUUGCGCCAACCACGGCCUUGCGGUGGAAAUGAAGGGCCACAAACUAUACUGCAAGUACCAGAAGCCUCACGAUUGCGCCAAGUGUGAGAUCACACUCCAACGACGCUACUACACGGCUGCUCAGCAGCGCAUCACCAGAACUCAGCAGCUACAGCUCCAGGGAGGCCAGGAGCCAGCACAGGCAGGUCUUCCGCCUUCCCCUGCCAACCCGAGGGAAUUUCCCCGCCUCCCGGAGCUGCUGCAGGACUGCGACAACAUCAUCGACGAAUCCCUGUUUGCCCGCAUCAACGAAGUCGUGCGACCUCGCUCUCACCAUCCGCACUGACUUCCCUUUUCCUCCGCCGUCUGCUGGCCCUUCGGUGUCCCCUGCGAGCUCCAGCUACUUCCGGGUCGUGCAGUGGCUGCCUCUUGGCCUCCGCGUUCGAAAGGAGCCGUAGCGAAUGCCGGAGCCGUUGCGGUUAUCAGGAUAAAUGGCUUUACAUGUGGUUAAAGAUGUCACUAAAUUUGUAUUUUUGUAUUAUCCUAUUUGCAGUUUUUAAUUAUACGCGUAAGAUGAC